AUCAGUAUGUACAGGUGAUAAUGGACGUACAAAUUUAAAUGACUUGAUAUAGAGCACUCCUCAGGCGAAGAUCUAACAAUGUUGUUGGGAAGGCGGAGGACUUUUCGCGUCUGUACAUACGGGAGUGUCCUGGUCUCGGUAUUCUUUCUAUUUAUUUUGCUCCAAGUCCUAGUGUCACCAGACGAGGAAAUCAGUCACCUAGUGUCGGCUGGCAGUAAUAGGCUAUUUACAUAUGACACAGAAACAUCGAUUCUGGAUUAUCCUGCCGAUGACGAUAGACUAGUUAAAUAUGUCCGCGACACAUUCAUCAAGCCGUACGAUAGGAGACCAGGCGUGCAAUACAACCUUACUGAGAUCAAACAGAACUCAGAUUAUUCAAGAGGACAGAGCAAGAUCAUUGAUGAACAUCUAAUGAAAAAGCGUGUCGGCUAUUAUGUUGAUGUUGGUGCAGGCGACGGAGAACAUCAUUCUCUGACAUUAUUUUUUGAAAUGGAAAGAAGUUAUAAUGGCCUGCUUAUAGAGCCAUAUCCUAGCCGGUACAAGACCCUCCUGACAAAACACAGAAAAGCACACUCAUUACAGGCCUGUGUCAGGACAAACAGAACAGGAAGCCUUAAGGAGUACCUCGCCGUCAAACAGAGGACGUCUUCAGUCGUUCCCUGUCUCUGGAUGGAGACCGUACUCUCUGCUGCAGGAGUGAAAACCAUCGACAUCCUUAGUAUAAACGUACGAGAAGAAGAAAUGGAGAUACUCCAUGCCAUUCCAUUUGACAAAUUUAACAUCAGAGUGGUUUCAAUUGAAUUUUCUCACAAUAGCAACGCUUAUGUAGAUGCUCUUAAGUUCAUGUCGUCAUUGAAUUAUGUAGUUAUUCAUCAGUUUGUGUAUCAUCCAUUGCUUAAAGUUGACUUUAUUUUUGUAAAAAAAACAAAAGCAAAGUUAUAA